AUGGAUGAUGAUGACGAGGAUGAACUUGGGUUUGGCUCGGGUGCUAACAAUAAAAUGUUAACGUCCACAAAGAGAGGAAGCGGAAGGGGGGGCUCGAAUGGAAUGAAUAGUAGGAGAGGGAAGAUCGGAGGCAAAUUUUCCGAAUCGGGAUUCGAUGAUGAUGAUGUCACCUUAAGAUCCACAAAGAGAGUAAGUGGAAGGGGAAGCUCCAAUGGAAUGAACAGUAGCAGAGGAGGACGGUCGGGUUUUAGAAACAAGUUUUCCGAAUCGGAAUCUGAUGGCCAGCCAAGUUAUCGUCGUAAUAAUCAAAGAAAUAAAGGAGGCCGUGGAGGAGGCAUGGAUUUCGACUCGAACCCGAGAAGAAACAAUAGAGGAAGUAGUCGGGAGAAUUCGUUUAACGUCAAUCAAGGAAUUUUAGGGAUGGUAACUCGUCAAGAAAGUUUCAAAGCCGUGAUGGUAGACAAGGUAAUAAGUCAUUUAACAAGCAUGGAGGAGGAGGAAGGUCGAAUUAUCCCUCUGACAGUUAUUUGGACGACGAACGACACCUAA